CUCUGGAAUUGCAGCUCUAUAUGUAAAACUAAUUUCCUAUCCAGAGCUGGUGGCUUUCAUGCAUGAUGUACUCUUUUUUGCUACCAGACAGAUAUGAAAAUACUUAUUCACAUUCCCAUUUUCAUUUUCAUUGCCAUUCCGCUCCUUUCUCUACUGGCAGAUAAAAUUAAAUUAACCAUAAAUAUUGUUGUACCUGGCGCAUCACCGCUUUUGUCGCUUCCUUCAAUUUCAACUCCCUGCGGCGCAGUAUCUUUAGACUAUUGGCUACUUUAUGCGCUGUUCACCAUUUUUUUUGCUUCUGGCGCGCAUUGCUGGCGACUUUUUGACAUUUACCAGUAUUAACUUGAUUACAGUCAAUGUU